ACACAUUAUUAUGUCAUAUAUACAUACAUAACAUAUAUAGAAAUAUUUGUGAUGAAUACAAAUAUUGUAUUUAUGUAAUAUACAUGACAUAUAUAAAUAAAUGUAUAAUAUAAAUAAUAUAUAUCAUAUUUAUAUAAUAAUAUAUCUAAUGAUAUUGAUAUAAUAUUACAAUAUUCAGAAAGAGAAAUAAAUGCCUGUAUGCAGAUUUGCGCAUGCGCACUCCGCUCCUCUCGCCGAAGUCACCCGGCUACUAUUUGCGGAAGCGCGCACGCGCAGGGAUAACAUGUUUUUUUUCCCCGAGCACCGGCGGUUAUUACCGGUUAUUACCGGGGCCGCCAGACGCGCGAGCGCGAGGAGUCAAUUUUACGCGCCAAAGACUCCGAGUGUGAUUGCGCAAUGUGAGCGGGAAGCAGAUGAGAUUAUAAAAAUGAAAAUUAGUCAGAUUGGGACCCCCCCCCCCCCCCCACACACACACACACUCCCCACCCUCGGGCAAGGAAAGCGCGCGCACGAACACGCGCACGCUCAUUAUACCCCCUCCCCCUCCCCCCCGCCGGUGGUCGGUGAUGAAGAAGAAGUUAUAAAACACAAGAAAUGAUAAAGGCGCGCAUGAAGGAGGACACUGUCAGCCCGGUACUCUUCCUCCUCUUCAUCCUCCUCCUCCUCUUCCUCCUCCUCCCGGUGCGUGUCCGCGCGUCAUUGUCGUGUCGGUGCUCGCUUGCCGCGCACACUUUCCCGCCCGCGCGUCCUCAUGAGUUCCUACUUCGUCAACUCCUCCUUCCCGGUCGGCGGCGCGCAGGCGGCCGAGUCCUUCCUGGGCCAGAUCCCGCUCUACUCCCCGGGCUACGCUGCCGACCACCCGCUCCGACACUACCCGGGAGCCGCGGCCGUCACGGCGGCGGCCGUCACCGCGGCGGCGGCGUACAGCGUGAGCGGCGGCGGCGGCGCGCAGGAGAAGGCGUACCCGGCGGCGUCGGGGUAUUACCAACCGGCGACAGGCGCGGCUUACGGCGGGCACCGGACCGCCGCAGGCGCCUGCGACUACGCGGCGGCGGCGGCGGGCUUCUACCGGGACACCGCGUGCGGUCUGGACGAACUUCCGCUGUCUCUGAGCCACGAGCGGAAAGACUGCAAGGGAAUGUUCGAGCCCGGGGACGACAAGCACGGCGGAGCGGCGCACAUUUACCCGUGGAUGCAGCGGAUGAACGCGUGUAACGGCGCGUUCGGGAGUCCCGGGAGACGCGGGCGUCAGACGUACACCCGGUACCAGACCUUGGAGCUGGAGAAGGAGUUCCACUUCAACCGCUACCUGACGCGGCGGCGGCGGAUCGAGAUCGCUCACGCGCUUUGCCUGACCGAGCGCCAAAUCAAGAUCUGGUUCCAGAACCGCAGGAUGAAGUGGAAGAAGGAGAACAAACUGAUCAACUCUUCCUCUUCCUCCUCCUCCUCGUCAUCGUCGUCGUCUUCUUCCUCCACGGCAAACGGCACAGAGGACGAGGACAAACGGACGCAGUGAGGAAGGUUUUCUCCUUGGAAAGAAAGAACAAAGACAUUUUGGAGAAAAGUAAAGAAAGGCGUCACAUGACCUUGUGAGACGGGACCAAAACAAAACAAAAUGGAUGCUUCUUCACCUGCUCCUCACAUGGACCUUUUUUUCUGAAUGUUGGAGCUUUAAAAAGUGCUACGUCAGCGUUUGGAUGUUUUUGUCUUUGUUUUUUGUUUGUUUUUUUACUGACACAACACAAGCAAUUAGGUGAAAAACAAUUAACGUUGUUUUCCUUGUAAAUUAUUUUCAAUCUUCCUCUGAUUGGACAAAAAUGAACUGAACUUCCAGUCAUUAUUUAAACGUUUUAUUAGAAUCAAUGUGCAUUUGAAAAGAUCUCCAUGGUAGAGACUAGUGGACAUUUCAAGUAUUGUAAAAUGAAUUGUUGUUAAUGUUUGUGUUCUUUGGCACUCGUAUCCAAGUACAGAGUUCCCUCGUCGCUAGGCGGAUGCUACGUUCUCCACACAUUGCGGAUUUGAAAGAACCAUCGAGUACAUGCUAAAAUACCCACGGAUGUGUUUAUGUUCAUGAUGUAGGGUUUAGAGCGUGUUUUGAAUGCGUGAAAAGUGUUUUUAUAAAGACUUUAAAUCAAUAUGAUGUUCAUAGGAAAUAUAAAGUAAAUACGCGUUCGUUAGCAUGAUAACUUUUUUGUAGCUAAUUUCACACUUUUUUUUCUAGUUUUGUAGCUGUAGACCUUACGGUCACAUAACUUGGUAUGUGACACAAGCUAACUGUUAGCAUGCUAACUUUUAGAGGGCAAAUGUAACCUUUUUUUUUUUGCUAAUUUUGCAGCCGGAGACCUUAGGGUAAAAUAACUUGAUAUGUGACACAAGCUAACUGUGAGCGUGCUAACUUUUAAAAUAUAAUUGUACCCUUUUUUUUGUGCUAAUUUUGCAGCCGGAGACCUUACGGUCACAUAACUUGGUAAGUGACACAAGCCAACUGUUGGCAUGCUAACUUAAUUUUAGCUAGUUUGUUUGCUUUCUUUUUUUCCGCUAAAUUUGCAGCUACAGUAUAGACUUUGCAGUCUUAUAACCUGGUAUGUGACACAAGCUAACUGGUAGCAUGCUACUUUAAUUUUUUAGUAAAUUUCACACUUUUUUUCCCCCGCUAACUCGGUAUGUGACACAAGCUAACUGUUAGCGCGCUAACAAUUUUUAAAGCUAAUUUCACACAUUUGUUUGCUAAUUUUACAGCUUUAGACCUUACAGUCACACUCGCUAAUUCCGAGGCCAUAUACCUUACAUUCAUAUAACCUGGUAUGUGACACAAGCUAACUGUUAGCAUGCUACUUUAAUUUUUAGCUAAUUUCACACUAUUUCUCGCUCACUUUUUUUGCAAAUUUCGGUACCACAUAGACCUUACAGUCAUAUAACUCGGUAUGUGACCCAUGCUAACUGUUAGCAUUCUAGCUUGUAGAAACUCUGCGAUAGCCGAGGGAACACUGUAGCCGUGUAGAAAUAAUCAGGGUGAUGAUUUUGUAUGGGAAACUUUCCAAUGUAAGCUAACUAACAAGCUGGUGUGAUUCCUUAAACUACCUACAACUUGCAACAACGCGUCUGCAAGUUGAAAAUAUAUUUUUUGUCAAGUGUCCACGUUUUGUCAAGUACUUCUACUGUACAUAAAUACUACCUACUGUAUAUGUCCAAUAAAGUGCAAAACAA